CACACAAAUUCCCUAUCAGAAGUUUUCUCUUUGGAAAAAAAAGCACAAAAUUCAGGAUCUGCAAAAAGCUUAUAAAUCAAAGCGACAACAACACAGAGGAACCAUUCACACCAUCAGAAGUGAGGCUCUCUUUUACAGACCUGUUCUCCUGACAGGAAUCAAAACUGAUGUCAAAACCUGUCACACAGAAUUCUCCCCCCUUCAAUCAGAGAUGUUAACAAAGGCCCAGAGACUGAAGGAUCGCAUUGACUAUGUGCUGUAUGAUCUAUUGAACAAUGUGUUAUGUGACUUAAAUUUCAAACACAGAUGUAAAAAACAGAAGAUAGAAAUGAUCAGACAUAUUGUCAGACUAAGGAGAUAUGAACACAGAUAUGUACAGCCAGCAUUCAUAUUCAGUGCGCUACAAUUCCUCUCAUUCACAAAGACAGCCCUCCCCCAGAUACAUCUUACACUCCACACCAGCCAGCUCUCCAUGACUGAGUCACUCAACAAGGAGGAUGUGAUGGAGUCACUGAGUGCAAUCCAAAUCACAGAGAGAGGAAACCGACGCGUAGGAAACCAGUGUCUGCUGAAACUGACGUCUGGUGCUGAGUUCCAUCAAUCUCUCACAGUGACAGAUGUUUAUCGCUGUUUACACAUUUCCUGUGUGACAUUAGACAGGGUCUGGGUCAGUGAUCAAUACAAUAUCAUGUUGACAGACACAACAGGUGUCCCUCUACAUCGUGUGGAGGAUUCAUGUAGUGGUUACUAUAGAGGAUUACAAACAGUGAACAGUGAGAGUGAACUGAUAUAUAUAGAUGAGGAUUAUAACAUCAACAAACUGUCAAAGGAUAUGAAAACAACCACCACAUUUAUAGAGAGAACAGACUCUACAUGGGACCCAUGGUGUGUGUACUGUUCCCCGUCCACUUGGGAUCUACUGGUCGGGAUGUAUAACAAUGAUACAUACACAGGCAAGGUAACCCGGUACAACCAGAGUGGACAACUCACACAAACCAUACAGAACGACAACACAGGACGGGGACUGUAUAGUAGACCUUACUAUAUAACAGAGAACAACAAUGGGGAUGUCGUGGUGUCUGACUGGCUCACUGCUGUAGUGGUGACAGAGCGUGGAGGAAGACAUCGUUUCUCCUACACAGGACAUCCAUCAGGAUCAGGACUACUGCCACAUGGAAUCUGUACUGACGCGCUGUCACACAUCCUGGUGUGUGAUGGUAGAACCGAAACAGUACAGAUGUUGAAUAAGGACGGUCAGUUUCUGUCACAUCUACUGACAGAAUCACAAGAGAUGGGUAGACCACGGGGCCUGAGUUAUGAUGUCAACACUCACCGUCUCUGGGUCGGAUCAUGGGACAACAACAAGGUGUGUGUCUACAGGUAUAUCACCAGACAGGACGCUCUGACAGAUGAACACAGACCCCGUCCUGAUGGAGACACCCGAUACACGACACCUCGUCACAACACAACUCAUCAACUAAACGAAGGUAAAACUCACUGAUGCAUGUAUUUGUAAUCAGUUGUUUUGUUACAUGUUAAUUGAC